AUGUUUGUCUCUCGACCAAAAAGUAGCGUGUCUUCUGGCACCCGAGAAACUCAAGAACAUUCCACCAUCGAACAAACCACAAAAACUCUCAAGGAACUCUCGAAAAUUGAGAAAAUUCUGACUCUCCACAGUGAUGAAGCCAUUGUCAUUCAAUUUUCAAUUUACUUGGAGGGAGAGACCUUUCAACAAAGAUUUCAUUCUGUUCGGGAACGAAUGAAUCUCUUUUAUUCGGACAUGGACGAUAACAAAUCCAAUUCACUGCAUGAUGUUUUUACAAAAUACAAUUCGAAUUAUUCGUUUUAUGAAUAUGAAGGAGAAAUUAUUGAUUUAUUGAAAAAGAGAUUUGGAAUUGCCUAUCGUAACGAAAAUCAUACACAGAAAAUUAUCAAAUUGAACAAAUUUAUUAAAAAGCACAUGCACAGAUUAUCUGGAAAGGAAUUGAGAAGAUCACUUGCUAAAAUUGAUGAAAAUAUGGUUAUUGAAAAAGAUGGUUCGAAAAAUCAGAAACGCUUUGAAGUGACUUUUUCGAGUUGCAAGAUUAUUUUGGACGCUGUCGAUGAAUGCCUCUUUAAUAUUUUACAAUUGAGUCAAACUUUAAAAUAUAUUCAAUGUGUGUUAUUGGAGAUUACACAAGAAAUUUAUCAAAAAUUGAACAUGGCAUUUAGAACUUCUGUCAUGCCAUGGAUGAUUUUCUUGGCAAUCACGGCUAGGUUGUACUGCCUUACAAUGGAAAAUAUUAACUUGAUUAAUCAUGUGUAUAAUGAGAUGAGUGCAUGGAGUCAGUGCCUUCCAACGAGAGAACAAAUAGCCGCCUAUCUGAUGAAAGAGGUGAGCAUGAUAUUUGUCAAUGCUAGCAAUCGAAUUCACGAUUUUGCAUCACCGUUUCCAAAGAGCAUUGAGGAAUACACCUCCACUGACGAAAACAGAUACCAAGAUUUAAAGCAAUAUCUUUUGGGAGAAUGCAUGUCACAAGAAAAUCAACAACUAAUUCUCACCACUCUUGCAGAAGACAAGGUAAAGGAAAAACUAAAUUCAGUCUCCCAAAUAUCGUCACCUCCAACAUCGCACCAUGCUCCACCUCAUAAACAGAAGAAAAAGAAAAAGUAA